CCCCUAUUUACUCCAUUCCCAACCCGCGUAUGACUCUUGUUUCACGAUCCACACCGCCAUUGUUGCGAGCUCUCUCGGCUUCUCGUUGCUGGAAAAGAUAGGACUUUCAAAUGGCAACGUAUAAGCCAAAGAACAUUCUUAUCACUGGAGCAGCAGGGUUCAUUGCUAGCCAUGUCGCCAACCGCCUCAUUCGUAACUACCCAGAGUACAAGAUUGUGGUGCUCGACAAGCUUGACUACUGCUCCAAUCUCAAGAACCUCAUUCCCUCUCGGUCUUCCCCUAACUUCAAGUUUGUCAAGGGGGAUAUUGCCAGUGCUGAUCUUGUUAACUACCUCCUAAUUACUGAGAACAUUGAUACUAUUAUGCACUUUGCAGCUCAGACUCAUGUGGACAACUCCUUUGGCAAUUCUUUUGAGUUUACCAAGAACAACAUCUAUGGAACUCAUGUACUUCUAGAGGCUUGCAAGGUUACUGGCCAGAUCAGAAGGUUUAUCCAUGUCAGUACUGAUGAAGUGUAUGGUGAGACUGAUGAGGAUGCUGUUGUAGGUAACCAUGAGGCUUCCCAGCUCCUUCCAACAAACCCAUAUUCUGCAACAAAAGCCGGAGCUGAGAUGCUUGUAAUGGCUUAUGGAAGAUCAUAUGGUCUGCCUGUCAUAACCACACGAGGAAACAAUGUUUAUGGGCCAAACCAGUUCCCUGAGAAGCUUAUUCCAAAAUUUAUCCUCCUUGCAAUGAGAGGACAGGCGCUUCCCAUUCAUGGUGAUGGAUCUAAUGUGAGGAGCUACCUUUACUGUGAAGAUGUUGCAGAUGCUUUUGAGGUUGUUCUUCACAAAGGAGAAGUUGGCCACGUUUAUAACAUUGGGACAAAGAAAGAGAGGAGGGUAAUUGAUGUUGCCAAGGAUAUCUGCAAACUUUUCUCUUUGGAUCCGGAUAAUGUUAUCAAGUUUGUGGAAAACAGACCAUUUAAUGACCAACGGUAUUUCCUGGAUGAUCAAAAGCUUAAGAAUUUGGGCUGGUCAGAGAAGACUACUUGGGAGGAAGGGUUGAGAAAGACGAUGGAGUGGUUUAUCAACAAUCCUGACUGGUGGGGAGAUGUCUCUGGGGCACUCUUGCCUCACCCAAGGAUGCUAAUGAUGGCUGGGGUUGAGCAGCAAUAUGAUGCUCCUGAGGAUAUUGAGAGCAAAGUUUCUAAGUUAACAAACAGUCCUAGCCAGAACAAGAUGGUGGUUCCUACUUUAAGGGCAAAUGUUGGUUCUCCUCGGAAGUCUCCUCUGAAGUUUUUGAUUUAUGGGAGGACUGGGUGGAUUGGAGGCCUUCUUGGGAAGAUAUGUGAGAAGCAGGGAAUUCCAUAUGAAUAUGGAAAGGGGCGACUUGAAGAACGCUCGCAACUCAUCAUGGAUAUCCAGAAUAUUAAGCCCACACAUGUUUUUAAUGCUGCCGGAGUGACUGGUAGACCUAAUGUUGACUGGUGUGAAUCUCACAAGCCAGAAACAAUACGCACCAAUGUUGUUGGUACUUUGACAUUGGCAGAUGUAUGCAGGGAGCAUGGUUUAUUGAUGAUAAACUAUGCUACGGGGUGUAUAUUUGAGUAUGAUGCUGAACACCCUGAAGGUUCUGGCAUUGGAUUCAAGGAGGAAGACACACCAAAUUUUGCUGGCUCAUUCUACUCGAAGACAAAAGCCAUGGUUGAAGAGCUUUUAAAGGAGUAUGACAAUGUCUGCACCCUUAGAGUUAGAAUGCCAAUAUCCUCUGAUUUGAGCAAUCCUCGCAACUUCAUCACCAAGAUUUCCCGUUAUGAUAAAGUUGUGAACAUUCCAAACAGCAUGACAAUCUUAGAUGAGCUUCUUCCCUUGUCUAUUGAGAUGGCAAAAAGAAAUUGUAGGGGUAUAUGGAACUUCACUAAUCCUGGUGUUGUGAGCCACAAUGAGAUUUUGGAAAUGUAUAAGAAGUACAUUGACCCCAGUUUUGAAUGGAGUAACUUCACUCUGGAAGAGCAGGCCAAGGUCAUUGUCGCUGCUCGAAGCAACAAUGAAAUGGAUGCAUCAAAGUUGAAAAAUGAAUUCCCUGAGUUGCUAGCUAUCAAGGAAUCGCUAAUCAAGUAUGUUUUUGAGCCCAACAAGAAGGUUGCUGCCUGAAUAAAGUCCUCCAUCUAUAUUUCAGGAUUGACCUCCACAUUAUCUAAUAGCACGAUGCUCCUCAUUCUUCUGUUUGGAUUUAUAGUUACUGUAAUGAGGUACAUUGUUUUAAUGAGUUCUGUUUGAUUGCUUCAGAGUAGGGCAAUUGUUCUGGCAUAUAUAUCCAAAUUAUAGAUUAGAUUUUUCAAGUUCUGGUGUGCUUGCCUACUUUGAUUUGAGUGGCAGAUUUAAUUGGUUUUCCAUCUUCUAUAUUUAGUCACGCUGUAACUUAUCAAAUAUUGGUAAUGAAAGUUUUGACUUUGGGAAUCUAUUCCCUUUUUACU